UAGCCCAUUCCAACCUCUCCAUUCCCAGGCUGUGCCGGGCCCAUCUUUCGUUCUGGACUCGACUUCAUAUACAGAUGAGUGAAAUAGCGCAUGGUGCUUAAUGCUCCGUCGUUCCACUUAUAUAGGCUCAUGAAUUCAAAUGGUUCUUCCAGACUUCCUACGCCGCUAUGGCAUUGGCCGAGGACCUCCGCGAAAAUGAUAAAUCAGAGAAAAGCCCCUUCUCACCCCCAAUAUCGGAGACAUUAUUCAGGCUCUUCAAUUCACAAUCAAAGAAUCCCGAACUUUUCUGCUAUUGUUUUUAUCGCCGUCUUAGGACCAGCAGCGAACCUAAUAGGUAAUAAGCCGCAAGUCCUUGAACUCUGUUCGAUAUUUGUCAUGAGAAUGAAAUUUUUGGGUCGCAUAAACUGGGAUACUCGAACUAGAUCAACGAAGUGGGGAGAUUGAUGAAGGAGCCACCGGUGGAAGCCAUAAACUCGGAGUUUCUCAGAUGGAGGGUAACAUCUUCGAACGAACACAUGGAAUGAAUCUUGUUUUUCAUGCUGUUGAUAAUGAGUGAUGGGGCCAGGAGACUUUUAAUGGAUAGCAUUUCUUGAAUUUGAUAGUCGGGGGUUUGCCCUGGUGGGUGUAGCAGGGGUUGUGACAGUAUGCAGGGAGUUCGGCUGGUGGCUACUGGACGACUAGCCUCU